ACAGUUACUCGGCCAUUUUAGCUGGCCUAUGCUCAGCUGUCAAUUUCGUGUUUAUAACAUUCUGCGAAUAAAACAGAUUUUGUCAUAAGAACCGGGCUUGAAAGUACUACAAAGAUGUAUAACGAGGAAUUCGAGAAUUAUGACACCUAUAAUGUCGACCAGGAGUACAUGGGUCACACUGGUGACCCAGCUUUGGACAGUGAAUACAAUAAGCAAAUGUACAAGAUGCCUGAGGUUGUGAAGAAAUACUUGAUGUAUUUUAGGAAUGCAGUCAAUGAGGGACUGGUCUUUGAACUGCAAACUCUGUAUGAAGUCACUUGGCCAAAGAUCUCUGAUGAUUUCUUUGAGAAGAGGCCAUGGCCUGAAGAAGCUGAUGUUUCUGCCCUGGUGGACAAUGAUAUGGUAUUUAUGAUUUUAUACAAGGAAUUGUAUUACCGUCACAUUUAUGCUCGCAUCCAAGGUGGUCCAACUUUAGAACAGAGAUUUAACUCUUUCUUCAACUAUUGCGAUCUCUUCAAUUACAUUUUAAGUGCCGAAGAGCCAGUACCACUAGAGUUGCCCGAUAUGUGGCUUUGGGAGUUGGUCGAUGAAUUCGUAUAUCAAUUCCAAUCGUUCGCUCAAUACAGAGCCCGCCUGCAGAAGAAAUCCGACGCGGAAUUGGAAACAUUGAACGCUCAUAAUAAAGUGUGGAAUGUUUUAUGCGUGCUCAAUGUCUUGCACUCGUUGGUAGACAAGAGCAACAUUAAGCAGCAGUUGGAAGUAUUCGCCAAUGGAGGUGAUCCAGAUUCCGUCGCCGGAGAAUUCGGCAGGCAUUCUCUCUACAAGAUGCUGGGAUAUUUCUCGCUCGUUGGUUUGUUGAGGUUGCACUCACUUUUGGGUGAUUAUUACCAAGCCAUUAAGGUUUUGGAGAAUAUUGAAGUGCACAAGAAGUCGCGUUAUGCGCACGUUCCCGCAUGCCAAAUUUCAACAUCUUAUUAUGUUGGAUUUGCCUACAUGAUGAUGAGGCGUUAUUCCGAUGCGAUCAGAACAUUCUCUUCGAUCUUACUGUAUGUUCAACGCACCAAGCAGUUGUUCUCUACCAAGAGUUAUCAACACGAUCAAAUCAAUAAGCAAACAGACCAGAUGUAUCAUUUAUUAGCUAUUUGCUUAGUUCUUCAUCCUCAAUGCAUUGAUGAAAGCAUUCAGCAAACUCUCAGGGAUAAGAGCUACCACGAGAAAAUGUAUAAAAUGCAAUACGGAGAUUUGCAGGAGUUCGAGAACUGUUUCAUUUUUGCAUGCCCCAAGUUUUUGUCUCCGUGCCCACCCGCAGUUGAUACCGCUCCUGAAGAUUAUUCCAAAGAGGCGAUCAGGUAUCAAACUCAAGUUUUCAUGGAUGAAGUCCAACAGCAAAAGUGUUUACCAACAAUUAGAAGUUACUUGAAAUUAUACACUACUUUGCCUUUGAUCAAGUUAGCUACGUUCAUGUCACAGAACCAACGUGGCGUAGAGAAGGAUUUGGAUAAAGAAACGCAAUUGUUGACCAUCCAUCUGUUGUGCUUCAAGCAUAAAAUGAAGAAUGUUGUUUGGUCCAAGGGCGCAUCUGGAUUGGAAGGAAAAUUCCAAAGUGGAUCCGAGUUGGAUUUCUACAUUGACAACGACAUGAUCCAUAUCGCCGAUACUAAAGUCGCACACAGAUAUGGAGAUUUCUUCAUCCGUAAGAUUCUGAAGUUUGAAGAUCUUAACAGGAAAUUGCAUCAUUUGAAGUUGUAACAAGUGGGCACAAAAUAAAUGAUGAUUAAGUAUUUUAUAAUUGAUUUGCAUUGAAACUCGAUUUUACGAGAAGGUUUUGUUGUAAAUAAUAAUAAGUAAAAAAAUAUACUAAUAA